AUGUCAAGUGUUUCUGCCACAUGUCGGAUGAAUGAUUAUUCCCAUAGAUUCUCACCCAAAAUCAAUGAUAACGUUAUACUGAGCUCAGGAGAAGAAUGUUGUUUAAAGCUAGAUGUUGAUGAUAUCAUGCAAAGUUGGGAGUUGUUAUUGAAAGUUGCAAGAGAAGAAACUCAAUAUUCGAAUGCCAAAUCACCAACUAUUCAAAUUGUUGAAAUCAAAGAUGAAAGGUCUUUGGAAGGUUCUAUGAACAAUAUGUUAUGUGAUCCAACAACAUUCAAUACAAACUUGACUGCAUCAUACAAUUUAGAUUCGAAUAAUGUUCAACCAUUGGCCGGGACCAACCCUGUAGGUGAAAGAGCUAAAUACAAAAAAAUAGGCAAGAAGAGAAAAUCCUCUUCAUGCUCCAUAUCAUCCAGUAAUUCCACAACGAGCAGUUGUUAUAUUUCCAAUCAGGAACAUUUAACAAGAAGACGAAAGUAUAAGAAGAGAAAGAAUGCAGCUCCCUCAAAUCCUGCUCAAUCAAUGAUGGAGUUUCACUUUCCAGUUUGGACUUUUCAUGUUGAAUAA